ACCUCAUCAUCAAAGCUUCCUCUGCUUUCUUUAAGAAACGUACACCAAGAGGGAGAGAAUUGAGGAAAGAGAAAUCCUCUCACUACAAAUACCCAAAUUAAACUUUUAUCUUUUGUGUAAUCCAUUAACAAACCCCAACAAAAUUCUUCUCUCUCCACCCAAUAAAAAAGAUUAAAAACAAAAUUCUUCAAACUAUCUAUCUUCCCAUUGUAAAUUUUAUCUUUUGGAUCAUCUAAUUACAUGAUAAAGUUGUAGACUUUGAAGCUUUUUUUUUCUGGUUAGCAUCCUAAUUAUAAGGUCCUAAUUUCAUGAAAUUUCUUGGUAAUUUUAUUAAUUAGUUGAAAGGAUGUAUAUGGGUGUUGUUGAUUAAUUCUGGGUAUCUUCUAUCAGAUGUCUGGGAACUGAAUCGUGUUGACCAUCGGAAAGUACGAAAAUUGAGAAACUUGGUUGCUUUCAAUUGACAAAUUAGGGGCACUGCAAAGUAAUUGGGCAGUGCCCAACAUGGAUGCUACAACAAGUGGGACUGAAACAAUUCAAUAUUGUAACAUCCCUGAACAACCUAUGGCUUCUGCCCUCGUCACCUCGCCUAGACCGACAUUCCAACGGCAAGUAAGACAUUGCUUUGGAGACUUGGUCCCUGGGGAAUUCCCUUUAGCAGCCAACCCUUCAAUUGUUCUUCAUGUACUUACGGCGUGCAACUUAGACCCCCAAGACCUCGCGAAAUUAGAGGUAACUUGUUCAUUUUUUAAGCACCCAGCAAACUUUUCCCCUGAUUAUGAUUUAUCCAUAGCUGAGCUUGCUGCUUUAGAUAUGUGCCAAAAGAGGGCCAUAUUUAAACCAAUGACUGAUGAAGAAAAGGACGAUUUGAAGCAAAGGUGUGGGGGGUCAUGGAAGCUAGUACUUAGGUAUUUGCUAGCAGGUGAAGCUUGCUGUAGGAGAGAGAAAUUUCAAGCAAUAGCUGGACCGGGACACAGCAUUGCUGUGACCUCGAAUGGAACGGUUUACUCCUUUGGCUCUAAUAGUUCAGGACAACUUGGACAUGGGCCAACCACAGAAGGGAACACCGCAGAUGAGUAUCGGCCUCGCUUGAUAAGGUCGCUGCAUGGCAUUCGGAUCAUCCAAGCUACUGUUGGGGCUGGGAAGACAAUGCUAAUUAGUGAUGCUGGAAAAGUAUAUGCGUUUGGGAAAGAGUCGUUUGGGGAAACUGAAUAUGGGGUUCAAGGUUCUAGAACAGUGAACACCCCACAAGUUAUUGAGUCCUUGAAAGACAUCUUUGUAGUUCAAGCUGCUAUUGGAAAUUUCUUUACUGCUGUUUUAUCAAGAGAAGGAAGAGUUUAUACUUUUUCAUGGGGUUGUGAUGGGAAACUGGGUCACCAAGCAGAUCCUAAUGAUGUGAAACCGCACCCUUUAUUAGGGGCACUUGAGAACAUACCAGUUGUGCAGAUUGCAGCAGGAUAUUGCUACCUUCUUGCUCUUGCCUGUCAGCCUAAUGGCAUGUCUGUGUAUUCUGUGGGGUGUGGUUUGGGAGGAAAGCUCGGUCAUGGUUCAAGAACAGAUGAAAAGUACCCUCGAUUGAUCGAGCAAUUCCAGGCAUUGAAUCUUCAGCCCAUGGUUGUGGCUGCUGGUGCUUGGCACGCAGCUGUUGUGGGCAAGGAUGGAAGGGUUUGUACAUGGGGUUGGGGACGUUAUGGAUGUUUGGGGCACGGGAAUGAAGAUUGUGAGUCCGUUCCCAAGGUGGUGGAAGCCUUGAGUGAUGUCAAGGCCAUUCAUGUUGCCACUGGGGAUUACACCACUUUCGUGGUAUCUGAUGAUGGCGAUGUAUACUCCUUUGGUUGUGGAGAAUCUUCUAGCCUUGGGCACAAUAGUGGCGCUGAUGGAGAGGGGAAUAGGCACGCUAAUGUGCUAAAACCAGAGCUAGUGACAUCGCUAAAGCAAGUGAAGGAACGAGUAGUGCAGAUAAGCUUGACCAAUUCCAUCUUCUGGAAUGCCCACACCUUUGCUCUUACUGAAUCUGGAAAACUCUAUGCAUUUGGUGCGGGUGACAAAGGGCAACUCGGUACAAAGCUUGGAGAGAAUCAGAUUGAAAGGGGCAAUCCAGAGGCAGUUGAAAUUGACCUCUGUAGUUAGCCACUAAUCGACCAGUUUCCUACUCCCGCUAGUUGUUUCUAAUCAAUGUUCAUAGCACCAUCAUCAUUAUCGUGAUCAUCGUCUUUGUUCAUCAUCAAAAUUCAAUUGCAUAUGGUGUUUAGUGUUUAGAUUUCAGCAUCUCUUGUGUACAUAGAAAAAAGGUAAGAUUUCUUAGUUAAACUUUAAUGUAGGGCUUAGGAGGUGCCAAGUAAAUUGGUUUGCAUUAUGGGACUCCUCAAAGAUAGCAACAAGGUUGAUGCUUAAGGCGUCAAAAGUUUAUUUA